GGAGAGUAUUUUCUCAUUUAGAUGGGGGUUGCAUGCACAUUUUUAUUUGCAAAGUGCCACAAGAUGGCAUAAAUCCCUGUGCAAGAAUGGGAGGAGAAAGGAUUGGGUAAUCUUUUCCAUACAAAAACAUCUAUUGUUCAAUAUUUCGAAAUGUAGACUCAGUUGUAGCAUUCUGGGGGCAGCUAUGCUUCAAGUGUUUGAUCACAACAAGCUGCAAUGUGAACCAGUGUUUGUAUAGGACUCGGCAAACAGGGACCCUUUUAGAAUUGCAACACACACAAAAUGCUGGUGGAACACAGCAGGCCAGGCAGCAUCUAUAGGAAGAAGCACUGUCGACAUUUCAGGCUGAGACAUCAGGCUGAGAUCACUCAUCAGUGAAAUAAAAGAGUUUUACUCAAUAGGGUUAUUAAGGUAUAGUUGAUCAUUAACCAUACAAAGCACAGAAAGACUUGCAGGAAAUUUUAAGCAUGCCCUCACUUUUUGAUUGCAACAAGCCAACAGGAAAUGAAACAGUGUCCGUGGGUAAUUAUGGUGUGGUUUUUGUACUUUGGAAUCUGCAGAACAUUGAUUUGAAGUACUGGAUGUGUUGGAACUUGGAAUGCAUUAGAAUGCAGACAGAGACAGAUCAGAUUACCCAAAAUGAGCUGCAGAUCCUGUUCAGAAACUUGGUGUCGCAGUUGGACAUCUAAUAUUCUGCCCUUUUAUGGGGGAGUAAUGCCCCAAUUAACCACUGUUCAAGGGCUUUGGAAGAAAGACAAAGUUCCCUUUCAUUCCUGGGAGUCCAGAAAGGAACUUCUAUGGAUUAUGAAGGAAAAAAUCCUGAGGCAGUCAAAGGUGAAUAAUGCAGAGAAUCAUUGGCAUGUGGCUGUUGUGAAAGAUGAAAAAACACCUGUUCAAACACAAGAAGUGGAUCAGGAAGAUUCUGUGGACAUUACAGGAAGAAAUCCUGAGACCCCUCAAGAUCACUCACAGCAAGUUUCAACAGGACAAGAGGAGAAAAAAUAUGAACUGUUUGCAAUAUGGCACCACAGUGGAAUCUAUGGAAGCGGCCAUUAUUAUGCUGAAAUCAAAUCAAAGUCUGGUAACUGGUACAAUUUUAAUGAUGAAGUUGUUGAAAAGGAAAAUUAUAUCAAUCUAAGUUCCAAAACUGCUUACAUGCUAAUGUACAGACUGACUGAUACAAAGCCCAAAGCAGAGGCGAGGCUCCGUGAGCAGAGGCAGGAAGAUGCGUAUGCUGGAGGCAAGCGGAGGCGAGAGGAGGCGAAUGCAAAUGAAGGGCAUGGUGGAGGCAAGCGAAGGCGGGAGGAGGAAGAGCAGAAGGCAAGGCAUGACGGAGUUGAGAGCCAGUGAAUUCCCGAUCUCUGAUUGAUUUACGUGCCAAGCCAAAUUGGAAGAUUCGGGUACAGGCCCCAGAGCUAUCGGAGAGCGAGGAACAACCCAAUGUUUGGACAAUUUAAUCAGUGAUCUAGUCUCUUAUGGUCCAGAUGUCAAACAUUGGACUGGGCACUUCUGAGUGCAAUUCACCACAGUGUGAUAUCUCCCAGAUAGCAUUUACAUAAAUGGUGAUAGCAUUAACGUGCACAAUGCUCAUCUCUUUAUUAACAAUUGAAAUUUGUGCAAAAAAUGUGUAAUCUACAACCGUUCUUUCUCUUUCACACUAGUGAAGAAUUGAAAUAAUCUGUCCCAGUUUAGUGUAGAUCUUCAGUUGAGAAGUCAUGAGAAUUAUGUUCUUUUCAGGAUGAUGCCCUUGUAUUUCUUAUUCAAAUACAAGCACUUGUAAAAU